GAUUGUGUUUCUUCAAAUCAACAAGCCAUGAUGAAACAUGCGCAUAUUUUCAUUGCGGCUUAGGUCUGCUUAACAGCGGCCGCAUCUCAUUCUGAACAUGAAAGAGUACAAUCAAUGAUCAGAGAAUGCCAAAAGGAAUCCGGUUCAACUGUAAACGAAAUUGCAAACGUUAAACUUGGUAUUAUAAACCCUGAUACCGGCAAGCAAGUUCUUUGUGUUCAUCGUAAAGUGGGAACACUGGAUCAGAAUGGAGACGUUAUUCCUGACAAGUUCAAGCAACACAUUGAAGCUAUUACUGAUGACAAUGAUCGUCGGAAAGAGUUUCAAGAUAAGUGUGGAAAAACUGUAGGACAAAAUCCCGAAGUUAAAGCUAUUAAUUAUGAUAAAUGUGUACAGUCCGUCAUAGCAAGACUCCAUGCUUGAUUUAUGUAAAUAUCGGUAAAAAUGUAUGAAAUGUAUAAAUAUGUUAAAUAAUUUUAUAAUAAAUAUAUUACUAUAUAAAAUAUC